AUAUUCGAGGAGUUGAAAACUCAAAUUCGUCGUGGAGAAACUCGUGAGCCAUUUGUCGGAGCUGAGCUCUACUAUAGUGGAACUCGAGGCGCGGAAGAGAUUGUUUCUAUCACUGGAAGACUACAAAAAGAUGUGAAUAUAAUGAUUAAAUUAGAAAACACAGAAACUUCGAGACCGCCACCGACCGUAGAAUAUCAUUAUUAUGUGGACAAAUCUCAACGACACAGUCCAUUGUAUUUCAUCGCGGAGGAAGAGGCACGCCUAGCAUCACAACAGGCCAAUCGCAGAGCCGGUCGUUCUCAUCCGGCAUCCACAAUGCAGGAGAACGCUAUGCAUCAAAACUCAGCCCCGGUGACCCGGUUUGAAACGCCAAAACAGUCUGAGACUAAGCAAAGUAGACCUCGAGUACACUUUGUUUGGAGAAUCAGUGAACUUCCCAGCGGUUGUCGCACAUGUGCAGGCAACUCCACAUCAUAUGCUGAGUGCUAUCCAAUGGUGCACGAUGCCACUGAACGGCAGAAGUUUUCUGACUACGACUUCUAUCGCCCGGUGGCGGACUAUCUGUGUGCUCCGUUACCACGCCCACCACCAGUGGUACGUCGUUGUGCUGACUAUUGUGGUGUCCGAUGGAAAACGAAACCGGUUACGGAUAAUGUGGACGACUCAUCUCAAAGAAAUACAUGGAAAGCGUGUUCUGCAAGAUGCGGGUUGGGACAGCAAGCCGUGAUGCAUGUUUGUGAAGAAUAUAUUGUGCCUGCGGAGGAGCCAGAUAAAACCAAAGGAAUCUGGCGUCCGGCACAAUUAGGUGAACGGGUAUGUGUGAAAGCCGGUUUGGGUGCGACCCCUGCGCAACCAUCUUACGUCGCAUGCGAGGGGACAUGUGAGCCAGUGUUCUGGAUUGCUUCGAAUUGGACUGAGUGCUCCUCCGGAUGUGGCCAAGGUGAACGUUUUCGUCAGAUACGUUGUCACGACACCGCAGGGCGGGAAUGGCCGCUAAACGAGUGCAUUCAAUCGGCAGAAUUGCCUACUCACACGAAAUCACCGAGUGGGGCAAUCUCAAUUCAAGAGGCUGAAGCAACUCUGGCAGUUCUGACUGGUAGUAGUCAACAAACCGUCAGUCAGUUGGGCAGUAAACUUCGACUGGAUCAAUCGGAACAGUGUUUCGCAUUCACUAGUGAAUGCGCAUCUCAUAUUCAGUGGUCCACUUCUUCUUGGUCCGAAUGUGAACCCUUAAACGAUGAAAUGCAAUCAGUGUGUCGAUCGAUUGAACAACCGGAAUCGCAAAGAAAGCCCCUCGUUGGUAUGCGUCAACGCCAAGUGAGCUGUCAACUUUCAGGUUCGAACAUACCUGCGGCACUACAACCAUAUGCGAUAGGACACACGAGCGUGGCAACGGACACAUGGCCGAUGCAAGCCGAAUUAUGUCGAAAGGUCAGUUCCAUCGGUGUCAUUCAACCGGAACCCAACAGCCGACAGGUUUGCACGCGGCCUGUUUGCUAUCGCUGGGGUAUGGCCCAGUUAUCAAAAUGCUCAGUGACAUGUGGUACCGGAGUCCGUUCAGCUAAUGUGCCCUGUGAACGCGUCACGGUGGACACCACUACAAUGCAUCGGGAUGCGAGUGUAGAACAAACCGUUGGUACCUGGGUGGAACACGUCAGUCUCGCGGAAUGUCAUCAACGACUCGGUUACACCCCUCGAGUUUUCCUCUCUCAUGACAGUCAGUCAGUGUGGGUGGAAACAAUGGAAAGACCGUUACAAAACAGUCGAAUGAAACAAUUGACCGAUUUCAAUUUGGAUCGUCCGGUUCAGUUGGAUUGUGUAAUGGAGCGUUGCAGUAGUACUAUUCCUGUUUGGCAUACGACUGCUUGGAGUAAGUGUUCGGUGCCAUGUGGAACUGGGGUGAGAAGGCGGCAAGCUAUUUGUAUAUUGGAAACCCAGGAACAGAGUCCGGACAGUAGAACACCAAAUGCAAACGGGGCCAGUGGGCGCCUGGAAGCGUUUGCAACAGUGAUUACUGUGAGCAGGCUGAAAACAGAGGUGGCUGAUCCAAAACUGUGUCAUGAAAGGAAACUCCCGAAGCCAAACGAAGAAGAAGCGUGCUUUGAAGGUUCUUGUCCGCAAUGGGUGCCCGAGGAGUGGGGACCUUGUGAAGGCACUUGUGAGUACGGGAUCCAACGACGCAACGUACGCUGUGUCCUUGAUGUGCUGCCAAAUCGCGGUCAUGCAGGAUCAGUCCACUCCAAAGAAGAUCCAUCUCAAGCGCUAUUGUUUUCCGUGUCCGAGGCACGACACCGUAUACGAAUGCAUCGAUCGAUACAAUCGGUGGAUGUGGACGCAGAACGUUGUCACGCAGUGGUACCACAGCCAGUUACAAAGCGUCUCUGUUUGCUCUCUGAAGGCUGUCCGUACUGGCACAGAGGUGAUUGGUCCACGUGUUCAGUUACCUGCGGCAUAGGUUUGCGUGUCCGACAAGUUGAUUGCCGCUUCCCGAAUGGCACCCGAUACGACGCGCACGAGGUCAGUUCAAAUCGCUUCCGUUUAGACCAGUCACGGUAUCCGGUGGAACGAUUCGAACGCGCUCUAGAUGAACUGACACAUGUGGUUGAGACCAGAUCACCUACUUCCUACUGCACCUCUCCUCGUCCGGUGGAUUCGUCCAGCUGUAAGACACGCCCAUGUACACAAAACCAACCGUUUUGGUGGUCUCUAAUGGUGUCUCAAUGCGGAAGUGAAACGUGUGAAGUUGGUCGUCGACACAGAGUCAUCCGUUGCCUCAGCGCUCAACACGGACCUAUUGAUGAAUCAUCUUGUCGCUUCCUUGAGAAACCGACUGACUGGAUUCCAUGUGUGCCAUUCCAAUGUAAACAGUUUGAGUGGAGAGAAGAACGCUGGAAUCCGUGCCCCCGGGAGUGCGGGGUUCGGAUGCGAUAUCGCAGAGUGCAUUGUGUGGAUCAUUUGGGAGAAGAGUACUCGGAUUCUCUGUGUCCGGCCCACUUGAAACCAGAUAAUUGGCGCGUGUGUCCGGAUCGUUGUUCAUCAUUACCAAAAAGUUGCACCGAAGUGAAACAACGUUAUCCGGGUGCCUUGGAUGGCACGUAUCAGAUCCUGUUGGAUUAUGCUCCCAUUUCGGUUCACUGUGCCAAUAUGGAAACCGCCACACCGUCAGAAUACAUUAUUUUGACAAAAGUGAAUUAUGCGAGAACGGCGGCUUUCAUGCAACCAACAUCGUCAUCCGACUACUGUCCAUACACAGUUCAAUUUGCCGGCUACACGUCCGGUCGAAAAUCACCAUCAGGUGUUCCAAUGUCUGUCGAUACGACAAACGAAGUGCACAAGCGUCAGCUAACCACGCAAGAGGUGUCUGCGGCCAACUGUCCAGAAUGCCCGUUUGUUCCGAAUCUGGCCAGUGCCACCUAUUACCAGAAACUGCGACUGGACGUGAAUACUAUGCGCGUUGACAUCCAUGACAUGCGUUUUGCCUACACAGUGGGCUCUUCGCCCGUUCCGUUUGCAACUGCGAAAGACUGUUUUGGUUCAACCACUUGUCCUCAGGUAAGUACAGGACGCGCAUAUUUGAUUGAAAAACCCGAGCAAAUGUGUGGAUUUCACCCUUUUCCUUAUAUGAAAUGCAUUUUCUGUGUUUCUAUAAAAGACUUCCUGAUACAAAAAUGGUUAUUGCAGUCGAAGCAACCAACCGCUAUUGACGCUUAUUUAACCUUUCACGAUUAG